ACAGCUCUUGCCUUGUGAAAUGGCUUGCAACGAAAAGCUGGGAAAGUCUGUUGUGGCAAAAGUGACCAUUCCUGAAGGAACCGUACUGACACUUGACAUGCUGACAGUGAAAGUAGGAGAGCCUAAGGGAUUUGCUCCAGAAGCCAUCUUUGAUCUGGUGGGCCAGAAGGCUAAGAAAACAAUUGAGGAAGAUGAAACCAUCACUGAGCAGGCAGUGGAAAAUCAUGUCAAGAAAGUGAAGUGCUAAACCAAAGCCCUCCAUUUGAUAUUUUAUGUUGCCGGUCUGUCCUACUGCACAACAUGUUUAAGUAUAGUGACAUGGUGGGUUAGAAAGGAUCUGAGAAGAUUAACAUUUUCAGGAUUGUUCUGCAAGAAGUUUUGCAACUAGGGGAUAUAAAUUAUGAAAAGCAAUCUUAUUAGAAACUGCAUAGUACUGUGUCUAGAAAAUACCAUGUUCCUCCUCUUCCAUUCCACUUUGAUUAAUUUGGAAUUUUUGCCAAAUCUGUGACCAAGGUCUACUGUUUUCUAGCUUUCCUUUUCUGAUAAGAAUACACUAAUCCUAAUAAUUUGUCUAUACUUCAAUUGUUUUCUUGCUGUAAAGUCUCUCUUCUGCCAUUUCCUUUAAUCCCAUGAAUAUAGGAUGCAAGUUUGUGUUGAAUGCAAAGAGAAAGAUUACCUAAACAGACAGUUUACACAUGCAAUAUGAUGGAUUCUUCUUAAGAUAUGUUUUCAGAUUUUAAAAAAAGUCUCAAGUUAAAGGAAUGGGUGGCAGGAACCUGCUUGAGUAAUAGAAGUGGACGAACUCACAGAAGUGCAGCAGUAUAGAGAAGGGAGAUAAUUGUCUAUUCCUGUGAUGCCACUCUUUCAAAAGCUAGCUCCUUGAGGAAAGAUAGGUUCCAGUAUACUGCCUUCUCAAAGGCAGAACCAACAAAGUCAGUGAAUUGGAUAUGUAGACAGCUCCCACGUAAGGAGCUAGAAAAGGAGCCUUGCAGCUUACAGAAAGUACAAAAAGGCAAGAGAGCAAGCUAAAUGGGGCAAAAUUCACCCAAGAUGGAUCAGUAGAAGUAAAUUUAACAUGUGCUUCCAGAAAUUGGCAAAAGCAUCUGUCAGCUUACUGAAUUUUGGCAUCCUAAUAAAUUCUGUUGUGCAGUUUCUCUAUUUGUAUGUGAGGGCAGCUGCUCAGAUGAGAAAUCAAAUGCUAGUAAAGAUUUUGCAGCCUCCUUUUUGCAUGAAGAUGCUGUGUUGGAAUUAUUCCCCCCAACCCCCACACGCUGCUCUUUGAAACAGCUGAAGCUAGCUGCUUGAGUAGAUCAUCUCAUUGACUAGAUCACAGCGUGACUGCCAGCACUCCUCUGUGCACUCCACUCUUGCAAUACAGGUUCUUUUCAAGUAAAAAGUGCAAUCCUUCUGCCUAUUGUCUUUGUUUGGACAGGACCAGGUGGCAGCACGUAUAACGCAUCUCUCAGCUAGCUCGAUAAGCACGAAAUUACAUUGGUGUUAUCAGUCUGCAUUUGUCUGCAACAGAAUCAAUUGCUAGUUAUGGUUGUUACGGUUAUUGCUACCUCUUGAUUAUGAAUUGGUAAAAUGUCUUGAAUUUGAUGGUGAUGUUUCUGUGCCUGUAAGUAGUGUUACUUUCCAAAUGUGUACUUUUUUGCAGUUCUGAGAAGUCUGUAGUUCUAUCUUUAAACUGGGAAGAAGCUGUUUGAAUCAUGUGCUUGUGACAGUCUGGGAGUGCUGAUGCAGUAUGUUUGCCUUACAUUAAGAAACAACUCAACUGUUGAAUUUUUUUUAAUGGCAAAUUUUAAAAAUAAAUCCAGCUUUCAAAACAA